AUGCACACACUUAUUCGUCGUAAUACAACAAUUCCAACACCUACACAAUUCUAUUCAGUGUUCACAAAUGCUUAUGCCUAUCAAACAACAGCUUCCAUUCGCAUAUUUGAAGGUGAACAUAAUCUUACAAAAUACAAUGUAUUCUUGGGUGAGUUUAGUCUUUCUGGUCUGACAAGCAAUUAUGCUGCUCAGAUACUCGAAAUCUCUAUUCGCAUGGAUAUUGAUGUUAAUGGUACACUUCGUGUCGAUACUGAAGAAGCACAUUCAGGUGUCAAAGCUUCCUUUACUGUCACAUCCAAUGAUCAACAAUAUACAAUAAUUAUAUAA